AUGGAGAGGGAAGUUCCAGGAGAGGCCAAGAAUGUGGUCACCUCAGCGAACAGCGACGAUGCUAGAGGGACCUGCAGCGGAGAAUCUGUUGCCCAGUUUCCCUCAGCACUGAGCGACCCGUCACCAUUGGACUCUCAGGCCAGCCGCAUGGAGCUCUGGUCCCCUGCAGACGCCACCGUUUCUGUCGCUGUGGAGAAUCCUGGGGCACAGUCUCUAAGUCUCGUGCAAGUGACCAGUGCUUCUGACCUUGGAGGUGGCCUGACUGCUCCCAUGGACCUUACAUGUAUGGUGGAUACAAGGGACCUAGAUGCUCCAUUCUGGUCUUCAGACAGUAAGGUCAUCCCGACAAGAGCCGUCGGUCCGGACGGGGGACGUGGCAUCCAGAACAAGAACCCAGAGGGAAACUGGGACAAGGAGCCUGCUCCACCUCCUGUGGCCCAGCCGGGCCCUGCCCUCCGAAGUCUGGCAACACCACCAGGCUGCACUUCCAACAGCAGAGCAAGCACUGCAGACCUUGCUAGCUUCAGUCUCCAGUCUGGAUCUAGCUAUGAUCGAAGCAGUCAAGGCUUGGGAACAAGCACUCCUAGUGGCAGAGUGCCAAGCCUUGGACGUCCCACACCGAGUCAGCCAGCACUGCGCAGGGGCCCUGCUGAUCCUCCCUGGUCAACUCGCCGGCGCCCUGCUUUAGCAGCACGUACCAGCUUAGGGAGGAUUGUCAUGCAGCGUUCUUCAAGCUCUCCUGAUCGUGCUGUGCUGUGCCUUGUCCCCUUUUCUGAAAGUCCCAUCUGCAAGAACGCCUCAUCGUCUUCUGGAGCAUAUUCCUUUCUUUUCUCCAAGGAAUCUGAUGGGAGCCUCUCCUCAUCCCCUCUCAGAUCUCUUGGUCCCAGUCCCUCCUCUUCCACUGAUGGGCUUUCUGACCAGAAUUCCUCUUCCUUCUCUCCUGGGCACCUUGGUGGGAGAGUUUUGUGCAGCCCUCCAUCCAGAGUUAGGCGUUCCUUACUGCCUGAGUUUAAUGAAAAUCCUCCUGCCUCUGCAGAAGAGCAGGCUGAACUCAGGAGCAGUUCUGCACCACACUGUCAGGCAUGUGAACCCCCAGGUUCCCCAGAAGAAUCCAUACUCACCCCCUGCACUGAUGAGCUGCCUGUUCAGUGA